CUUUAAUGUCUCUGCCCCUAUGGUGGACACAUGCACUAAACUGCAUUUACACGCAAAGAGAGAAAGCGAGAGAAGUGAAUUUAGACUUGAACGAAGAAUUGUGGUAUUGUAUUUGAUAUUGGGAUAGAUAACUUGGAGUGGACAGUUCUAACUGCGAGCAGCUGCAGUGAGUCAGAAGAUUGUAUUUAGUCCGAAUUUGACUCUAGCUAUUACUGACUUUUGGAUUCGUGAUUUUAGAUUGAACUGACUGCUAUGCAUAGGUUUAUUGUUAGAAGAAGGAAGAAUCCAGAAUAAUCAUUCUACUGACGGAUUACGAGGGCUUCAGUAAAUGUUUCAUUAUAAGCCGGUUGAUAUGAGUACUUCAUUUUGUAGCCAGGAUCCUUAUUCUUAACUAUUGAUCAGUUGGGAAAGAUUUUGAUUGGGUUAUCUUGUAUGACUGGAAUAUGUGAUUAUAAGCUUGUCAUAAUACAUAAGACACCAGCAAGAAAGUAACAUGUAUAAAGAUUUAAUAACUUGGUAUUAGUCAUAUCUCAGUUGAAAUUGGGUAAUAUGUUUUGUCCUGUUACCGUAAAAAAUUGUGUAAUGCUAAGAAGUCUUAUUGUCUCUACCUCCCAAGGUAGGGGUAAGGUCUGUGUACACACUACCCUCCCUAGACCCCACUUUGUGGGAUUACACUGCUAUGUUGUUGUUGUUGCUAAGAAGUCUUAUGGGGACAUUGUAUUGAAUAUGUGCGUUGAAGAAUGUUAUUUCUUUUCUUUCUCCUUUUCCUUUUAAAUAGCAACUUUCCUUAGUGGAGUUUCCAGCAUGAGUGCAGGGGCCGUGUUCUUUCUUAUGCUUGUGUCCUGAUGAUCCUACCUAUCUCUAUCCACUUCAUAAUAUGUGCUUUUCAGAAUUCUGUGAUAUCAUACAAUGAGUCCUUUAUACCAUGCAGUUCUAGAAUCCAUCCUUGAUGAAGGAAUUCCAAAUUUAAAUGCUAAAAGCCAAUACAUCAGGGAAACUGAGAAGAAAAUAGAGGAGAUUAGUAUAGAAAUUGACAAUCUUACAACCGCUUUGUCCAAAUUGCAGCAUCACUCAUCAAGGAUUAGUGCUCUAGAAGAAGAGGUACAACUCCUUUGGGAUGCGGCAAGAAAAAACAACUUCGAGAUUCAUAAAUUGGAGUUCAAAGCUCAAGAUGCUGAGAAAAGAUUAGAAGUUCUUACCUCUCAAGUCGAAAAGAUGGCUGAAAUUGUAUCUGAAAAAUGGAUUCAGAUACAACGACUUGAACAAGCUGUUCAAAUGGCAGAGGUGAGAACCCUGAAGGUCAAAAGACAACUAAGGUUCAGUAAAUGUCCAUUUGUCAAGUUCAUCAAAAACCUUUUCGGCCACCAACUCGAAACGUUGAAGGGAAUUCUGCAUCCAUAUGGAUCAUACAGUAUGGCUGAUCCUAAUUCCUACUGGUCUCAAGCUUUGCAUCACUUGCGGAGGACCUUUUCGUCUGCUAGACAAUACCAUUACGAGUUGCAAAGCUUUGUAAAGCAGGAGAUAGAAAGGAAUGAAUUUCCCGCGGCUUUAGCUAAUGAAGAAGUGGUGUUCUUAGUGGCCUCAGUUCUGAUCGUCUUUCCAAUUUUAAGUGUAUUCAUGCUUCUCUUCUCAUACUUUAGCUAAGCAGAUAUUCAAACUGGUGAAAAAUUGUACCAAGAUUGCAGUUGAGAAUAGUGUUUAUGCUAUUUCUUCUAAGAAAAUCUUGAAGGUCGAGAACCUAUCUGAGAUUGGGUAGGAUUCCCCUUAAAGCAAUGAUUGGUUUACCAAACCAUUAGCACAUGACAUCCAGGAAUUAUGCAUGAAAAGAAGCAAGUGAUCACCACGUGAAAUUUUUGAUCUCUUGUACACUGUAGAUAAUCAUGUCAACAAAUUUCACCUCAUGGGUUCUUGAUGGUAGUUGUUAAACGAUGGGUGUGAAAAGCAUCAUAGCUUAGUUGUCAGCAACUAAGUACCAGGUUCCGCGAAUGUAACUGCUGAUUUGUUAUCUCAAGAAAACUGCUGGCUGUAAUAAUUUUCCGUGAAUCUUCCAAGUAUAUGAACCAAAAAUUUAGAAAAAUAAAAGUACGUAUCUUCUGGUGCUC